GAAGUCGAACGAACCUCAGUAAGGCAACAUGAUCGCUUUUAAAACAACAGUCGUCCUUCUCUUAGUAGCGCUCGCCAGCGCUCGGCCUUCUGAAGAAUGGGAGCCCGAAGGCCACACGCACACAGAACACACGAAGCCGUACCAUGUGACCGUGGUGAAGAAGAUCGGAGUUCCGAUUCCCCAUCCGGUGGCUGUGUCGGUCCCGCAGUACGUGAAGGUGCCCAUACCUCAACCCUACCCGGUCCACGUCACAGUGGAGCAACCUAUCCAUGUACCUGUUUAUAAGGUUGUCCACCAAGUUGUUGAAAAACCAGUACCGUACACGGUCGAAAAACCAGUGCCCUAUGAAGUCGAAAAGCCUUAUCCCGUUGAGGUCGAAAAAAAAGUAGAGGUGCCCAUCCCUAAGCCCUAUCCCGUCCAUGUACCCGUGUACAAACACAUCUACCACCAUAAGGGAGGUAAACACUAAAUGAGCGGAUUCGAUUCACACCAAAUAAAUUUUGAACGUCUGAAGUAAAUAUCUGGUACGCGUAUCUACGUAUUACAACUUGUGGCUAUUAAUUUGGUGUGAGCUCUAAAAAAAGUAAUAAAUUUGAAAUUCGAAAUUACUUACGUAACACCGGAAUUCAAAAUCGUGACUUUUUCGUAUUAGUGUUAGUGGCCAGGACUGCCAUUUGUAAAUACAAAAUAGUAUUAAUAUUAUACAAACUCAACGAAUUAGUUUUGUCUCUGUCGCACGUAUGAAUUUAGUUAGCGUGCGAGGGAGCCAAACUAUUUUGAGUACAACUUUAAGACUAUGUAGAUCUGUUGGAGAUAUGUUUCCAUCAGUAAUGACUAUCGUUGUGAUAUUUAUUUGUUUUCUAUUGUUUUUUUUUUGUUUGUUUGUUAAAUGCUGCUGUUUGUUAUGAUCGUUGUUGACUAAUGUGUAGUUUGUUGAAUAUUUUUUAAUUUUAGGUGAAUAAAAAUAGCUCAAUCAUA